UCUCCGACAAGUGAGGUUGCUGGAGAGAAAGCAAGGUGAAGCUCGGCCUGAUGGAGGAUCCACCCACCAUCACCACCGCCACCAAGAGAUCAGAGCAACAAACAUCGGUGACAUCUCGUGUGAAGAGAGAUUGCAUAUCUUUCUUUGUUUCGUUGCAGGAGGGUUUCCGCUAUUUCAAAGCCCUGCUUGUGGGUCAGGGGAAGAAGAUGACAGCAAGAAACGAGAAGGAAGCAACUCAAGCUGAUCUCCUCACCGAAAAGAUGCAGGUUGAAGCUGCUGAUGCUGCCGAGGAUACCAAGAAGAAUCUACAUAAAUCUAUGUAAUGCAAUCCACUAUGUAAAUCAAGAACAAUAGCUUUGCUUCUCUCCCUUCUUUUGGAACAAUAAAACCUGUUAGUGUUUUUUAAGCA